AGUGCAACAACCGUGUGCUGAAGGACAACGCCGUGCCCUCGCUCUUCUCCUCCAGCAGACUGCAGAUGCAGGCAGCGCCUCUGGAGGAAACAUUGAGCCCAGACAUGGAGUUUUCUCUGAGCCUGCCGCUGUCUGACGCCGAAGAGAAGCCGGCCGUGCGUCCGUCUGAAGCAGAGCUCUGCCCGUCCACAGCCCUGCCGGACCUCCACACCAGCGCCUUCGUCUCCUGCGACCACAACUACACGGUGGAGGACACGCUGCAGCAGAAGAGACGCAUCGAGCAGCUGCAGGAGCAGAUGGAGAAGCUGCGCAAGAGACUGAAGACGGUGCAGCAGAAGUGCAGGCGGCAGGAGAGGCAGCUGGAGCGCUUCAGAGCCAUGAGCGAGGUCCAGAGGGACGCGGCGCUGGGAGACAGCUACGUUAUCCUGCCCAAAGAGAUCUACGACGUCCUGAAAGGAAUAGAGACCAUCGGAGAGCAUGUCAUAACGCAGAGGAUCCAGACUCUUCCAGACUCUCAGUGCUUUAUUCACUCACCCGCUGAAGGUAAAGACAUCAUGUCCAUCGCACUCAAACAAGUGUUUAACAAAGACAAGACGUUCCGGCCCAAGCGUAAGUUCGAGCCGGGCACGCAGCGCUUCGAUCUGCACAAGCGGGCGCAGGCGUCUCUGAGCUCGGGGCUGGAUCUGAGAGCGGCGGUGAAGCUGCCGCAGGGCGAGGAUCUGAACGACUGGGUGGCCGUGCACGUGGUGGACUUCUUCAACCGCAUCAACCUCAUCUACGGCACGGUGUGCGAGUUCUGCACGGAGAAGAGCUGUCCGGUGAUGUCCGGCGGCCCGCGCUACGAGUACCGAUGGCAGGACGAGCACAAGUACAAGAAGCCCACGCCACUGCCGGCGCCGCAGUACAUGAACCUGCUGAUGGACUGGAUAGAGAUGCAGAUCAAUAACGAGGACAUCUUCCCCACCAGCAUCGGAAUUCCCUUCCCAAAGAACUUCAUCCAGAUCUGUAAGAAGAUCCUGUGUCGUCUUUUCCGUGUGUUCGUGCACGUCUACAUCCAUCACUUCGACCGGAUCCUCCUGAUGGGAGCCGAAGCGCACGUCAACACCUGCUACAAGCACUUCUACUACUUCUCCACCGAACUGAACCUGAUAGAGCGCAAGGAGCUGGAGCCGCUGAAAUGACCUCUAGAAUGUGUUUGUGAGCGCCGGCGUCUGGACCGUUUCCAAACACUCACACCUGAGAGGCUUUUCUCAGGAGCUUUAAUCCGUGAACUGGACGUUGCCGUGGAGAUGAGGUCGUCACCGGGGUGAUUCCAGAGCCUGGUGUCAUCAUCACUGAACCAGACUGAACUGUAAGGAUCUGAGGCUGAGAGACUGACAGUGAGCGCCAUCUAGCGGCGAGGCGUGUUACUCACACUGUGCUAACAGAGCAAUCAGAGGACUAAUGUUUCGUUCAGACAUCUGCUCAAAUCCACAGUAAGACGUGGACACCUUCAUUUAACGUUCAGCUCUGUGAGGUUUGGAUGAGCUGCUUUCAUUCAUCUCCAUGCUGCUUUAUUUCUGUUUGUGCUGCACUGAAAUGAUGGGUUAGUUUUAGUCACUGGAUCAUUUGAUGAUAAAUCUGAUGCUCAGUUCAGCCACGGACAGCAAUUCUGUGAACUGGACGUCAGUAUUCAUUGGCCAAUCACAGUCUGACAGUGUGUUCCUCUUAGUUUGAGGAGAGUUGAAACGGUCACACAGUGUCAGUCGGAUCUGCACUGAUUCUGUUCAAAUCUCUCGUUUGCAAUAAAACCACUAAUAUAAAUUCAGUUUAAUUGGUGUUGUGUGAGUUCCACUUUUAAGCUCUCGUCCAUCUUUUUUUUUUCUUUGAAACGUGACCCUGUAAAUUUCAUAAUGCAAUAAA